AACUUUUUUUAAAAAAUGGCAAAACGUGGAAGAAAGCGAAAGGUCUCGAAAGACGAGGAAAAUACCACUCCAGAACCCGAAAUGAAGAAAAAAGCCGAUGAAAAAGUGGUUGAAUUGGAUGAAAAAGAUUGGAUGCCAUCUGCGGCUUUAGAGUUUUUCGAAAAUGAAAACUUUAAGGAAAUUGUCGAAAACCUAUCUCAUCUGGAUAACAGUGUAACCCUGGUGGGCCCAUUCCGUAAACUACGUGGAGAAUCGGAUGCUGAUGGAACUGAUCUGAUAAUGCUUGAUCGAGAGAUGACUGAUCUACCAGAAAUGCAGACAUUUAUGAAGUGUAGCCACGGACGAUACGCAUUCUGGAGGGAUAAGCCCAACGACAAGAAGCCAGUGAUUGUUUUUAUGGAUUUGAAAACAAUUCCUGAUUUGUCAGUUGUUGGAAAUGAAAUCAGACAUGCGAUUCUUGAUUUUUGUACGAGAUGCUCGAAAUGUAUAGACUGCUCAGCGAAGAGUAAAGCUGCAAAUUCAAAGAUUCAAAGCUUCUUCACACCUUCUAAGAUUUCCAGUGAAGUUAAAGAAGUUUUGAAACAUCGUGAAAAGACCACAGUUCGUGGAAUAUCAGGUCCUGGAAUGCUAAUUGAUGUGGUCCCGACUGGAAAUUCGGGAAAGAAGAAUAAAAAGAAUGAGAGAACUGGAUAUCGCGAUUUGUCGAAAAAUGCUUACUGUAUCAACAUUGAGCACCUUGUGAGAUCUCUAAGACUGUGUCAAACUAAAGAACAAGAAGAGAAAGUGCUGGAUUUUGUAUAUGGAUUAAUGAACGAAAUCAACAUUUGCAAUGAUGAAGGUGACUUUGGAAAUGGCCUCGAACUCGGUCACAUUCUAUUUUUGGCAAAUAUGAAAGCGGUAGCCGACCCAAUGAUGAUAACUCUUCACAUAGCCUACAAGAAUCUCCAUCGUCCCGAUUUCGCGAAAAUACUCGAUCUCACACUCAGCCUCCGUGAUCAACAAGAAGAAGCUACCUAAAUUGAGCCGCUGUCAAAUCAUGAUAAUUCUGUGAAAUUUCAAAAUCUCAGGUUUUCCUGGCAUAUCUCAUCUUCCCGAUCUACAAACAAUCUAAAUUCUUUUUUUUUAAUCUAAAACUUUCAAUUUGCUCUGUUUAUCUGUAUAAUUUUGAUGAUUUUUGUUUUGUUGAAAAACUUUAUUUUAAACUUUUAUGAAAAUUAAAUUGU